UCUGUGUAGUACAUGCAUAUAUUUAUUCAAUACAAACCUGACAUCUUUUUAUAUCCACAGAGCUCUCGGGUUCAUCUCAAACUUUGACACUUUAUAACAGCAAUGACAUAUUGUGUGCUUGUCUAUCUACUUUUUGUCUGUGGAGUCCUUCCAAAAGCUCUAACAGCAGUGAUCCAAACACAGCAGACUGUGCUGGCAGCAGUGGGAGAAGAUGCUGAAGUCAGCUGUCAGCUCUUGGACACUAAAGACGUCCUUCAGGUCACAUGGCAGAAAAUCUCACGUGAUGUGGAGACAAAUGUUGCCACGUACAGCAAGUACUAUGGUCAGAGAGUGAAUGAUGGCUUUAACGAUAAAGUCAAGUUUAAAUACACUGGACUACAGAACUGCUCCAUAGUCAUCAGGAAUGUGACGGAGCAGGAUAAAGGAUGCUAUCACUGUCUGUUUAUCACUCACCCUGAAGGCUCCUUCACUGGUAGAACCUGCCUCCAAGUCUAUGAGCUGCAUGAACCUGUUGUUGAUGUCAGAGAGUCAAACUCUACUGAAGAGUGGGUUGUUUCCUGUUCAGCCACUGGUCGACCUGCUCCCACUGUAACACUGAGUGUCUCACAACAAGACCUCAGCUUCUCACAUUACAACACUGUCAGUGUGUCCAACACCAACGCUACAUUCACUGUCACCACUACAGCUGUGCUCUCAGGUUCAUGUAAACACAGCACACAGGUGGGAUGUGCAGCACGAGUGCUCUCUGCUCCUCACAGAGAGGUGAUGGUGAUGAUUCCUGAGGUCCAGCAGGUGUUUGCUGCUGCUACUGCUGAUUAUAAUGUUUCCACCUCAGUGAUUGUAAUAGCUACAAUAGCAGGACUGACAGUUUUUGCUUUAGUAGCUGCUCUCAUCGCACUCCUGCUUGAAGAAAAAGUGGUCUCCAAAUCCAGGACCUCAGUCCUUUAGAGCAGCUGUGAGAUGUACUGGAACAGGAGAUUGUCAUUCUUUGUGUGGAGCAGACAAAUCUUCAGCAACCGUGUGAUGCUAUCAGCUAUCAUUUGUGUGUGUAUGCUAAAUCCUCACAGGCUAGUCUAACAGUGUUUUACUAUUUUUGAUUGUAUAGAGAGAUGAAACCAUUGAAAGAGCUCAUGAAUUAUAUAGGAAAUUCAAUUCAAUUCAAUUUUAUUUAUAUAGCGCCAAAUCACAACAACAGUCGCCUCACAGCACUUUUUAUCUUAGAAGAUGUGAUCACCAAACUGGCCCUCUCAAAAAGCAAAACAUCCACUGUAACGUGUGUCUUUUCGUUUUAGUUCAUUAAGUAAUAAAAAAAAAAUCUGGUGAUCACAUAGCACCCCUCCUCUUCAGUCUUUCAGUGUGAAUCACAUUACACUUCCUGUUUCUAAACAUAAUGACCACAUAGAAAGCACAGCCUUGUACUUCCCGUCACAUGAAAACCUCCGUUUUUUAUUUUCUCUUCCUGUUAGUUCAAUUUUUUGAGGUCAAACCCUCAAAACUCUAGUUAACCCUUCUUCAGUCUCUCAUACCUGCUAAAAACCAAAUAGUGUCACCUUUUCAUAAACAGCCUGGGUUAUAAUUUUGGCUCUACUUUAUGGCUGUGAAUACAUUAAAGCAUUUUACACUUAAGUGCUGUGCUGUGCUCAGUGUUGAUUUUCUUUUUAUAAUGUUCAUAUUUCUCAUAUUUGUACGUUUUAUACAGGAUUUGUGUUUAUCUGUGUCCCUGUCUUGAUGUGAAAGUCACACUGGAGUACAGCAUGUAAUGUAAUGUUGUAGUUUUUGCACAUUAUCAAUAGGGCUUUUCAAUCCUGCGUGCUGUGUGAGAUACUUCCUGGGUUCGGGGUGCAGCAUUGCUGUUCUUGCCUUUUAUGUGAAGGUCCUCUUAGGGAAAUAUAGCCUGACAAAGUAGGACUAUCAUAAUGAUUUAUUUUAAUGCACAAUAUAACAAAAAAAUUGUAAAGAGCCAGAAUAAAACAAUAGAUCUUAUGCAGAAAUAUUAGAGACAAAUCGGGACUAAAGUACUAAUAAAGAUUAUAUAAAGACUGUU